AUGUCCUCUUCUGUUCUGAAUAACCAUUGCAAUUUUCUUCCUCGACUGCCAUCUGGAUUUGGAGAGUCAAUGCUGCAGGAAGAGAGACUCAAGAGGAUAAAUGACAAUGACCAUAAGUGUUCCCAGCUCAAAUCUUGUCAUAAUGAAGCAACUUUGACUCCUCUGAGUAAAAGGGUGUCUGAGUCAGAUUUGGAUAUUGUACGUGAUGAUGGGGAUGUUAAAGAGAACUCAAACACAAGCCCUAGUAAAACACCUCCAAUUCAAAUUUCUGUUUCCCCUGAGAUACAAUGUGGUUCUUCUUUGGUUUCAGCUACUACACCAGCUUGUUAUGGUGCUGGCUAUAUAGUUUCUGGUGUCACUGACAAAAGAAAAUGCAGGCCUCGGGGUAUUCUUAUUGUGGGAGAGGACAACCCUCACUUAAAUUAUGGGACUGCUGAUAGUUUUGAUGAUGGUAAUGGGAAUGAAAUAAUGAGCACCGCCAACCAUGUCAGCACCUCUUUGUUGCCCCUGCCAAGUGAAGCUUCGAUGUAUUGGGUUUGUUCACCUCAUAACAAUGAGGAUAAAGAUGCCACGAAGACAUCUGAAAAUGGAGCAAGUCAAGUUCAGGUACUAGCUGAGUCCACCACUCUUGGUUCCAUUUCUCCACCAUCAUCCAGCCACAGAGCUUCUUUGGGCAUAAUUGAUAGCAUUGAUUUGUCUAGUGCUGAUUACUGUAUCAGAAGAAAAGCAUCUAGCUCAAUUUCUCCUAGCGGGCUCCCUGAAUUUCAAGGAUUUUCAGAUUCACUAUUAUCACCUUCUUAUUUACCCAUAUUCUUUUCUCCCAAUUCAACGUCUAGCUGCAAGGCAGGUGGCUCAGGAAAGGGCAAAACUUUUCAACACAAUCGUAUUGAAGAGAACUCUCCAUACUCACUCAAUUCAUUGAGUAGUGGAAAUGUUAUUCAAACUCCACAGUCAGACUUCAGUUCAGAUAUCCAUGUUGGCAUGCCACGGGUUCAUGGAGACUAUCUGAAGAAAAGCAAUUCUAAGCUUGACCUUGAUUCUAUAGGUGAAGCCAUUCCAUCAGCAAGCUUCAUGUCUGUGCCAUUGGGGGAUUCUAUUAAUUCAAGUUUCCAAUUUGAUUGUUCAGCUCUGCCUUCUGAUUCAAUCGAUCUCUGUAAACUUCCGAAAUUUUUGGAUGAUCAGGUUCCUUGGUUAUCGAGUUCUACAAUUGACACAGCAUCACAGUCUCAAAUGAGGAUAUCAUGGAGGGAAGGGUUAAUGAGCCAACUUUAUGAGAUGGAUGACUUUGAUUGUUGCAAAUGCUUGUCAGAUGAGGAAGACCUUGCUAAUGAUUGCAACAGCAACGAUUUACCCAUCCAUUAUGUUCCUAAAGUCAAUGACAAAGUAGACUUUGAUAAAAAGUUGGAUAGUGAUGUCAAAAUCACUGAAACUGAUGAUAAACCGCUGAGAAUUGAGGGAUUGGGCAAAGAAAUAUUUCCAGGUCUGCUAUCUUGUUCGGAGGCUGAGUCUAUAAGCACUGAUGGAACUGGUCUGGUUGCUUCAAGAGAUGAUUCAGAUUGGAUGUUAUGCUACAAGAAUACAUUAUUUGAAGAUUAA